ACUAAAUCCAGCGCAGAAGGCAGAGAAGACAGGGACAGCCCUGGUCGCUGCUGCAGCUGCCACCACCCCACCCCCUGCACGGGGAUGUACCUUUCCAUUUGUUGCUUCUUUCUCUGCUGGGCUCCCGCCCUGUCGCUGAAGAACCUGAAUUACUCGGUGCCUGAGGAGCAGGGAGCAGGCACGGUCAUCGGCAACAUCGGCCGCGAUGCGCGGCUUCAGCCGAGCGCGCCGGGUGGCGGGCUGCUGCCCCCGGAGCGCGGCACUGGCCCCGGGGGCCGCGGCACCAAGUCCACGUUCCGGGUGCUGGAGAACUCGGCCCCGCACCUCCUGGACGUGGACGGCGAGAGCGGGCUGCUCUACACCAAGCAGCGCAUCGACCGCGAGGCGCUGUGCCGGCGCAGCGCCAAGUGCCAGCUGUCGCUCGAGGUGUUCGCCAACGACCAGGAGAUCUGCAUGAUCAAAGUGGAGAUCCAGGACCUGAAUGACAAUGCGCCAACUUUCCCCUCUGACCAGGUGGACAUGGACAUCUCAGAAAAUGCUGCACCGGGUACCCGCUUCCCCCUCACCAGCGCUCAUGAUCCAGAUGCUGGGGACAACGGGCUGCGCACCUACCUGCUCACCCGUGAUGAUUAUGGUCUCUUCUCUCUUGACGUGAAGUCCCGUGGAGACGGCACAAAGUUUCCAGAGCUGGUGAUCCAGAAGCCUUUGGACCGUGAGGAGCAGAGCCACCACACCCUGGUGCUGACAGCGCUGGAUGGUGGUGACCCACCACGCUCGGGCACCGUGCAGAUCAACGUGCGCCUCAUUGACUCCAAUGAUAACAGCCCCGUGUUUGAGGCUGCUUCCUAUGUGGUGGAGCUGCCGGAGAAUGCUCCACUGGGUACUGCUGUCAUUGACCUCAAUGCCACCGAUGCUGACGAGGGCACCAAUGGGGAAGUGCUCUACUCAUUUAGCGGCUAUGCGCCCGAACGUGUCCGUGAUCUCUUCAGCAUAGACCCGCAAAGUGGCCUUAUCCGUGUCAAAGGCAACCUGGACUAUGAGGAAAACGGCCUCAUUGAGAUUGACGUCCAGGCCCGAGACCUGGGGCCCAAUCCUAUCCCCGCACACUGCAAGGUCACUGUCCGCCUCAUUGACCGCAAUGACAACGCGCCCACCAUUGGCUUUGUCUCCGUUCGCCAGGGAGCGCUGAGCGAGGCCGCCCCACCAGGCACUGUCAUUGCCCUGGUGCGGGUCACUGACCGUGACUCAGGCAAAAAUGGACAACUCCAGUGCCGGGUACUGGGCGGUGGUGGUGGGCCCGGCGCUGUCCCCUUUGCCCUGGAGGAGAACUAUGACAACUUCUACACCGUGGUCACUGACCGGCCUCUGGACCGUGAGGCACAGGACGAGUACAAUGUGACCAUUGUAGCUCGUGAUGGAGGCAACCCCCCCCUCAACUCCACCAAGUCCUUCUCUGUCCGAAUCCUUGACGAGAAUGACAACCCACCCCGCUUCAGUAAGAACCUCUACGUGCUGCAGGUACCUGAAAACAAUAUCCCAGGAGAGUACCUGGGUUCUGUUUUGGCCCAGGACCCUGAUCUGGGCCAAAAUGGGACAGUCUCUUACUCCAUCCUGCCCGGGCACGUUGGUGAUGUCUCCAUCUACACCUAUGUCUCCGUCAACCCCACAAAUGGUGCUAUCUAUGCCCUGAGGAGCUUUAACUAUGAGCAGACCAAGCACUUCGAGUUUCGUGUGCUGGCCAAGGACUCAGGUUCGCCCCACCGUGAGAGCAAUGCCACGGUACGCGUCACUGUGCUAGACGUCAAUGACAAUGCGCCUCUCAUCGUCCUGCCUGCCCUCAUCAACGACACCGCUGAGCUGCAGGUGCCUCGCAAUGCCGGUGUGGGUUACCCUGUGGGCACCGUGCGUGCCCUGGACAGUGACUUUGGGGAGAGCGGGCGCCUCACAUACGAGAUUGUGGAAGGCAAUGAGGAGCACCUCUUUGAGAUGGACCCAACUAGCGGUGAGAUACGCACCUUGCACCCCUACUGGGAGGAGCUCAGCCCUGUGGCUGAGCUUGUGGUAAAAGUCAGUGACCAUGGCAAGCCCAGCCUUUCCGCAGUGGCCAAGCUUAUUGUCAUUUUCAGGUGAAUGGCGAGCAGCAUCGGCGACCGCACUGACUUGUCGCUGCCCCUGAUCGUGACCCUGAGCACUGUCUCCAUCAUCCUGCUGGCUGCCAUGAUCACUAUUGCCGUGAAAUGCAAGCGAGAGAACAAGGAGAUCCGCACCUAUAACUGUCGCAUUGCCGAGUAUAGCCACCCUCAGCUGGGAGGAGGGGGAGGCAGUGGCGGGGGAGGAGGAGGCAGUGGCAGUGGAGGGGGCAAGGGCAAGAAGAAGAAGAUCAGCAAGAAUGACAUUAUGUUGGUGCCCAGUGAGGGCGAGGACAGCCGGGGCCCCCUCAAUGUCAUGAACGUGGUGAGCAGCCCAUCCCUGGCCACCUCACCCAUGUACUUUGACUACCAGACCCGCCUGCCCCUCAGCUCUCCCAGGUCUGAGGUGAUGUACCUGAAGCCCGCCUCCAACAACCUGACUGUACCCCAGGGACAUGUGGGCUGCCACACCAGCUUCACAGGGCAAGGGACUAACGCCAGCGAGGCUCCCCCGAGCCGGAUGUCCAUAAUUCAGACAGACAAUUUUCCCGCAGAGCCCAAUUACAUGGGCAGCAGGCAGCAGUUUGUUCAAAGUAGCUCCACGUUCAAGGAUCCAGAAAGAGCCAGCUUGAGGGACAGCGGGCAUGGGGACAGUGAUCAGGCUGACAGUGACCAAGACACUAACAAAGGCUCCUGCUGUGACAUGUCUGUUAGGGAGGCACUCAAGAUGAAAACUGCUUCAACUAAAAGCCAGCCACUUGAACAAGAACAGCAAGGCAGAGGCCAAAGACCCAUCGUUGGGAUCUGUGGACCAGCCCGCUGUGAGGAGGGAAAAUUUUCAGAACAAGAAGAAUGUGUUAACUGCACAGACGAAUGCUUCCCUACAGCCAGCCAGGCUGAGAAUGCAGAUUAUCGCACAAAUCUCUUUGUACCCGCAGUUGAAGCUAAUGUUGAGACUGAGACUUAUGAAACUGUGAAUCCCACCGGGAAAAAGACUUUUUGUACAUUUGGGAAAGACAAGAGAGAGCACACUAUUCUCAUUGCCAAUGUUAAACCUUACUUAAAAGCCAAACGUGCCCUGAGUCCUCUGCUUCAGGAGGUUCCCUCAGCAUCAAGCAGCCCAACCAAGACAUGCAUUGAGCCUUGCACCUCAACAAAAGGACCAAUGGAUGGUUGCGAAGUGAAAUCAGGAGCCUUGGCUGAACCAAGCAGCCAGUACUUGUCAACUGACAGUCAGUAUCUAUCUCCCAGUAAACAAUCAAAAGACGCUCCUCCAUUCAUUGCGUCAGACCAGAUGUCCAGGGCCUUUGCUGAUGUACAUUCCCGAGUGAGCCGAGACUCGAGCGAGAUGGACUCAGUUCUGGAGCAGUUGGACCGCUCAACCCGGGAUCUCGGCAGGGAGUCAGUGGAUGCGGAGGAAGUCGUUAGAGAAAUUGACAAGCUCUUGCAGGACUGUCGGGGAAGCGACCCUGUGGCCGUGAGGAAGUGAGGGGGAAAAUACGGACAGGCUGGCAGUUACGUUCCUCUGCUGCUGAUUAAAAAAUAAAUAAAUAAAAUAAAAAUCCCCUGGUUGUCACAGAUUUACAGGAAUGAAGGAAGACCAAUGCUGCUUUAAGGCUUUUAGUGAACAUCUGAAGUGCCCACAAGUAUGUUCUUUUCACUGCUCUUUCUUUUUGACAGAUAACACUGGUUUCAUUUUGACCAAACUUUCAUUAGGACAGAGCGAAGUACAUUAAGAACUGAAGGAAAGAAGGAAAGACGGUGCCAUUUUGACAAUCUGAUAGGAAGAGAAGUUGUGAGAAAGGUGGAAUCGGAGUACGUCUGAUACUUUAAGACUGUCCUCAAUAGCUGAUGCUGACUUUACUGUUUACGCAAAAACCCCAAGAAAAACAGGGUUGAAUUAUUCUGAUCUGUGGUGGACUUCCAGCAGCCACCACAGGCUUCUACUGAAAGUCCUAAAAAAGAGUUCUUGUAGUAGUCCAAGCGACGCCAAACAUUAACAUUCAUUUGUGGUAUACAUUUAUGUACAAAGUUAUCUGCCACA